AGCUAGUCCUCUCGCUGCUGGAGAAGAUGCAGACCCAGGAGAUCCUGAGGAUCCUGCGGCUGCCCGAGCUGGGCGACUUGGGCCAGUUUUUCCGCAGCCUGUCGGCCACCACCCUCGUGAGCGUGGGCGCGCUGGCCGCCUUGCUCGCCUACUGGUUCACGCACCGGCCGAAGGCCCUGCAGCCGCCCUGCGACCUCCUGAUGCAGUCGGAGGAGCUGGAGGACGGCCACGGGGCCCGGCGGUCUGUGAUCGCCAGCAGCCCCCAGCUGCUCACCCACUACUACGACGACGCUCAGACCAUGUACCAGGUGUUCCGCCGCGGGCUCAGCAUCUCGGGGAACGGGCCCUGUCUUGGCUUCAGGAAGCCCAAGCAGCCGUACCAGUGGCUGUCCUACCAGGAGGUGGCUGACAGGGCCGAGUUCCUGGGGUCCGGGCUCCUCCAGCACAACUGCAGAGCCUGCACAGACCAGUUCAUCGGCGUUUUCGCACAGAACCGGCCAGAGUGGAUCAUCGCGGAGCUGGCCUGCUACACGUACUCCAUGGUGGUGGUCCCGCUCUACGACACGCUGGGCCCGGGCGCCAUCCGCUACAUCAUCAACACCGCGGACAUCAGCACCGUGGUCGUGGACAGGCCGCAGAAGGCCGCGCUGCUGCUGGAGCACGUGGAGAGGAAGGAGACACCCGGCCUCAAGCUGAUCGUGCUCAUGGAGCCCUUCGAGGAGGCCCUGAGGGAGCGAGGGCGGCAGUGCGGGGUGGCCCUCAAGUCCAUGCAGGCCGUGGAGGACUGUGGCCAGGAGCAUCGCCGUGUGCCCGUGCCCCCGCAGCCAGAAGACCUCUCCAUCGUGUGCUUCACGAGCGGCACGACAGGGAACCCCAAAGGUGCGAUGCUCACCCACGGGAACGUGGUGGCUGAUUUCUCAGGCUUUCUGAAAGUGACAGAGAAAGUGAUCUUUCCGAGACAGGACGAUGUGCUCAUCUCCUUCCUGCCUCUGGCUCACAUGUUUGAGAGAGUGAUCCAGUCUGUCGUCUACUGCCACGGGGGCCGCGUGGGCUUCUUCCAGGGCGACAUCCGCCUCCUGUCGGAAGACAUGCAGGCCCUGUGCCCCACCAUCUUCCCGGUGGUCCCGCGGCUGCUGAACCGGAUGUACGACAAGAUCUUCAGCCAGGCGAACACGCCGGUGAAGCGCUGGCUGCUGGAGUUCGCGGCCAAGCGCAAGCAGGCCGAGGUCCGCAGCGGGAUCAUCAGGAACGACAGCAUCUGGGAUGAGCUCUUCUUCAACAAGAUCCAGGCCAGCCUCGGGGGGUGUGUGCGCAUGAUCGUCACUGGAGCUGCCCCCGCGUCCCCCACGGUGCUGGGCUUCCUCCGGGCGGCUCUGGGCUGCCAGGUCUACGAGGGUUACGGGCAAACUGAGUGCACGGCUGGAUGUACCUUCACCACGCCCGGGGACUGGACCUCAGGGCACGUGGGGCGCCGCUGCUUGCAACACAUCAAGCGUGGACGUCGAGGAACUGAACUACUGGGCCUCCGAAGGAAGGGAGAGGCUGAGAGACACCAUGGCUGUGUCCCACAAGAUAUGUGUGAGAGGACCAAACGUGUUCAAGGCUACUUGAAAGACGAGGACAGGACCAAGGAGGCCCUGGACAGUGACGGCUGGCUUCACACGGGGACAUCGAAGUGGCUGCCGACAGGAACUCUUAAAAUUAUCGAUCGGAAAAAGCACAUAUUUAAACUUGCUCAGGGAGAGUAUGUCGCGCCCGAGAAGAUUGAGAACAUCUACAUCCGGAGCCAGCCCGUGGCGCAGGUCUAUGUCCAUGGGGACAGCCUAAAGGCCUUUCUGGUGGGCAUUGUCGUGCCUGACCCUGAAGUCAUGCCCUCCUGGGCACAGAAGAAAGGAAUCGAAGGGACAUAUGGCGAGCUCUGCACAAAUCAGGAUCUGAAGAAAGCCAUUCUGGAGGACAUGGUGAGGUUAGGAAAAGAAAGUGGACUCCAUUCUUUCGAACAGGUUAAAGCCAUUCACAUCCAUUCUGACAUGUUCUCAGUCCAAAACGGCUUGCUGACGCCAACGCUAAAGGCUAAGAGACCUGAGCUCAGACAGUACUUCAAAAAACAGAUAGAAGAGCUUUACUCAACCUCCAUGUGAAGUUCAAGGAAAGUGUAACGGACUGUGUAGCAAUAUCAUAGUAAUGAGUCACAAUGACACAGCUGAAAAUGAAUGAGUACCUGAUUUGACGACUGAGCCUUUUCCUGUUCCAAGAAGUCUUUAACAAUAUUUUCUCUAUCAUCACCAAGUACACUUUAUUUUUAUUAAAAUGAUAUUGUAGCGCGCUGCUAAAAAUAUCACAAAUGGCAAUGUAAAAAUCAAGAUAUUUUCUCAAGAACUGUGUACCACUAAAAGUAAUAUAUUCUCAAUGUUCACAGAACUCCUAUUAAACAUAAAGGAAAAACAUAACUGAUAUACUGUACUUAAUAAUUUGUGGAAUAGUAACCAGAUACAGCAAAUAUCUAGGCAAUGUGGACUACCUCAUUCAAUAACUUAUUGUCGAAAUCACAAUGAAAUCGGACUUCAAAAAUCAAAGCUAGGUGUACAGAAUCAUGCUGAAACAAAACGUGAUAACUCAUAUUCUGCAUAACUUCAGAUUAUUUAAACGUGACAGUCCAUUUUGACAUAUGUGAGAAAGUUUUCUCUCUGAUUUUUACUUUUAUUCAUGAAAAUGCAAAUUCAGAUAUUCUUAAAACAAAUGUUAUAUUUAUACAACAACUUAUAACUUAUAAAGUUCUUUUAAUUCAUGUUCCUAUUCAUUAAACUCAUUAAAAUAUUCAGGAACUACCUAGAAAAAAUAUUAUGUAAAAUGAUUCAAGGAUAGUAUGCAUAUAUUCAUGGGCUUCUUACCAUAAUAAAUUCCAAAAGAUCUCUGUUGACUUUACAAUGAGUGGACCCUUAGGGAAGACUUGGGAGAAGAAACUCAGUUAUUUCUCAGGGUGGGCAACAGGUGACAUACCUGUAUUCCUUGUUGGGGUCUUCCGGUCUUCCAUUCUCAACAUGUCCAUGCCAUGCCUGUUAAACCCAACAUGGCUGUAAUUCUGAACAAUUUCAUUUUCUUUCAGGAAGACUAUCAAGGCAGGAUGUGGGGAGGAGGGGAUGUUAUUUCCAGAGGAAAUAAAUUUUUGACAACAUAAUUUUGAAGAACCUCUUCAAAAUGCCCUGACAAAACUUUACAAGUUCAUCAUAGAGAAACAUCUCCAGGCUGGGCACAGUGGCUCACGCCUGUAACCCCAGCACUUUGGGCAGCUGAGAUUAGAGGAUCUUUUGAAGCCAGGAGUUCGAGAAAUAUCUCCCAAUGGCAUCAUUCCAUUCCUAAAAUUUUUAAAUGCUUCUAAGUUUAACCACAAAAACCUCCUUUCUUGUAUUAUGUAUUUAGACUGUACUGGAGUGCCAACAAUUUUAUAUCAUUGAAACCGAGAUACCAUAGACUGCAGUUAAGUUCUAAGCUGUAGAAUGUGGAUCUGAAGAAGGCACAGCCCUAGGAAAGUAUUAUUCUUCUGUAGAGACAGAACUCUGAGAGCAUAUGAACAAUUCGUGUGUUAAUUCAAAAUAUAUGUGCUCAGUGUUCGCAGUCCGGAAGCUCCUUUCCCUUGGAGGAAGUACUAACAGCUUGCAAAUAAAUGUUGUCAGUUUAAAAUGGCAUAAUCGCGUGGGCCUAUCAGAUAAAUCUGCAUCAGUGAUUAUUCACUUACAAGUUUGGUCAAAAGAAGACUACAGCUUCAUUUGACAUAAUUAUCCAGUCUUUUAAAAUAUUCCUCGAGUGUGUUCUCUCUGAAGACCCACUGCUAUGCUUAUAAAUUUGACAUUUAAUAAAUGAGCUAGUUCUAGGCACAUUGAUUUUUAAAGGCAUUUCUGAAUAAACAAAUACUUAAAAUUGUCCAAGGCCACAUCUGUAUAGCAUUACUUUUUUAAUACUUAAUAUAUAUACUUGACUAAAAGUGAAAACUGUUCCCUGAAUUGGAUAUUCAGACUAUUUUAAGGGCAAGUUGCCUCACAUUUCAGCAAAGAAGUUGUUUCCCAUUGUCCUUCCGCUCAGCUAAAAUUUCAUAGUUGACUUUGAUUCUAAAAGUAUUUUGAAUAAUGUAAUAUAAGCAAAUAAUUUAAGACUUAUAUUGAUUCUAUUUAUACUUCUUAAUAGAUAGGAUUGAUUAUGAACAACUCAAGAUUUCUCCUUUUUCUCACUUAAAAAAAUCUUAUGUUUCUACUAGACUUCCAGAUCUGUGUGGAAAUCAUCACACUAGGGCCAAUGAACGGGUCAGUGCAGAGGGACUGAGAAAAGUCACGGUGGACCCUACGUAUAUUGCAUGUGCAUUUAUCUAUUUCUCUGUUUAGCGCCACUUAAUUUUGUAAUAAAUGAGAGAUGAAACAAUAUGUAUUAACGGAAAAUCUUUCUUGGUUCAGAUUUCUCUACUUUAUUUUGAGGGAGAAAAAAGUUUGUGUUUCUCACUAACCGAUACAGAAAAAGGCUAUGUGCUUAUGACGGUCACAUUGAUAUCGGGUGUUGGAUCCUGUUUAAUCCUAGUGGUAUAACAGAGAAUCAGUACCUUAAGCAUAAAUGUGUUCUUAAAUAUUUGGCCUUUUUAUCUGUUUCUCAUUCAAAUGUAUUAGUAAUUCUCAGAUUUUACAAACUAAUCCUAUUGUGUGUAUUAUAAAAUAGGAUAUAUACCUAAUCUCUUUGCCUUUUGCCAUAAAAUAUGUCUCUCUACAGUAUGAGGCUUCCCAUCGAGAUGGGAGAGGAAACUCUGGCCAGGUGCAGUAUGUAGGUCUAGCUCCAUAUGUAAGGAACUCACAAGUCCAAGGAUUAAACAUACUGUGUCUUUCUCACGUAAGCAAGUCGCAGUUUCAUUCUAAAUUUAGUUGAAACUCCAAGUAUGAGAGAAAAGUAGAACUUUCCAUUGGGAUUUUUACAAUCCGAUAAUGUUUUAGCUACUUGAAAUCAGCACUGACUCGGUUGUGUUACCCAUCAAGGAACCAACAAUCUUUCAUUUUUCUGCAGUAAAGCAAAUGAAUUAGCCUUUAUUUUCCAAAUGUAUAAAGCACAAAUGUGAUAUAGUUAUUUAAAAUACAAAAUGCUAUAAAAUGAAUGUAAAGAAUGGGAAAAUAUAUUUUUUGCAUGAAAACAGACUACUUACAAACUUGUUUAAUAUCUCAGGAAAAAAAGAAUGAAUAAUCAUAUAUAAAAUUGGUAAACUAUAAGUUGGCUGUAUUUUCUUGCUGGUUUUAAUUUUAAGGAAGUAUCUACAGGAAAAGAAAAAAGGAUCCUAGUAGACUGAAUUGUCUCUCAAGUAUGCUCCAUAGUCCUUUCUGUGACUCUAUAAUUAACUGCAUUAAGAAUUAGAUUAGCAUUCAAGUGAGGACAAAACUCCAAAUGAGAAAUUCUUCAGUUAGAACGCACUAAUGGUUGUAACAUAGAGGAGAUAGAUAAAUACUUAGAAUACAAGCAUAUGUGAACUUGGUCCCAAACAGAAAGGAUUUCAUGAGGUGACAGUGGCUUUUAAAUGUUCAUUUGACUGAUUAUUUUAAUUUUUCUUGUUAAGUCAUUGCAACGAUUGCAUGGGGGGGGAAAUGGAUAUUUUUUGAAGAAUUGCUUAUUCUACUUUCAAUUUUUAAAAAUUGGGGGGAUUAAAAUAUUACUUUUUAAAUAUGAAUAAAAGUAGCCAUAAUUAUAUUUUCAGUUGCUUUGUUAUAGUAGCAUGCAUAUCAAAUAUAAAAUGCAUUUAUGAAAAUUUUUGUAAAAAAUAAACAUUUUUCAUUUCUCAAA